AUGAUAGCCCCCCUCCGCCCCCCAAUCCCCAUCUUCAAACCCCCCACUGCGCCCAAACAUCCGCCAGUCCGCGUCGACAUGGUUGAAACCAAAGCCAGCGCCGUGCGUGAGGCAUACCUCGCCGACCGCCUAGCCCAGAUCGACGGAUGGGCGUACGAUCAGAAACCGUGGGGUCCGGCAGAGAUGCCUGUCCCCUCCAGCCUGCCAUUCGGCCGCGAUCCACGCGCGCGCGUCCGUGCUCGUGUCGAGGAGGUGAUGAAGGAGGUGUCGACUCCGCAACCCAAGGAAGUGGAGACCAAGGCGGAGAUGCCGGAGGUGAAGAAGCCGACAGUGGACAAGCCCGAACCAAAGGAACGCACACUCAAAGACAUGCGACGGUGGAGCAUGCUCAGCCUCAAGUCGGCGGCUGAACCGGACAUCAAUAACUUCAAGUCGGAGCGCGGCCCACCAAGCGCCUUUAAGCGCUGGAGCGUGCUCAAACCCAACGACGAUGAGGCGCCCAAAUCCUCAACCACAGUGCCAAGCGACACACGCCGCGCAUCCGAGACCACUAUUCCGCCUGCACCGCUGAAACGUAACCGCCGCUGGAGCCUACAAAACCUCAAGGAGGUGCUGAGUAGUAGUAAGGACGAACCAUCUCGAGCGAUCCCCCCCGAACUCGAGGCUGUCACCGCCAAGCAAGUCAAGACCAAGGAAGAGAGGAUCAUCACCCACCUUCCGGAACGGAUCAGCUCGAUCUCGCCCGCAAAGCCCAAGAAAGCGACAACUUCGACCCUCCCCUCCCCAACCAUGAGCAUGGUAUCUCUAGACCUCGACUUUGACCUCUUCGGUCUCUCGUCCGAUAGCCAGAGCAUAAAAACCCCCGAGUCGGCCAACUCCCCCGACCCGCCUCAGGCCGAUCAAACUCCUGUUUCUCCCCAGGUACAUGCCGAGCGCGACGCGUGGAGGCACGAAGCGCUGCUUCUAUACGACCAGCUAUGUUACUGGCGGCUGGAGGCGCUUGAGCGCGGCCGCGAACGCGACGGGUGGCGCGGUAUCGCCCUCUCUGCUGGCGUUCAAGUUCCUCCGUGCGUCGUCAAGUCGUUACCGCCCACCGCCGCGCCUCUCAGCGAGGCCCAACGCCGAGCCCGAGAUGUGGAGAGGGAGAGGGAGAAGGGGCGUGAUCGAGUCCGCGAGUGGCAUUUGGCGAGUAUCGAGCGCGAGAGGCGGGAACAUGCCGCGCGAGAGGCCGAGCGCCGGGCGAUGGCGAAGGAGAAUGCCGAGCGAAAAGAACUCGAGCGGAGGGUAUUGGAGCGGAGGGCGAGGGAGAGGGAGAUGGCGAGGCAUGCCGAACGGCGCGACGAGAUGCGCUGGCACGGGCACGGGCACGGGCACUCGCGCCAAACCAGUCGCGAAUAUGGCCAGGAGCCGAGGCACAGCCAACCCAGCCGCGAGUGGCAUGGACGGCAUAGUCACCAGCAGAGCUACGAAUGGACCAUUGCAAGUCCGGCAGCAGAAGCUGCCGCUGACGCAAUGGCUGUCGUGGGUGCUGCACCGGCAGGCGUGCUCCCUCCCCCAGGCUUGCCUGGACACAUGUCCCCUGUGACUGGGAGCUGGGGCCGUAACAGCCGCAGUAGCCACGCCGGUAGCUACCGCUUUCCGCCAGACCAGGUACCGGAACACGAACACGAUGCUCGCCCGAGGGCGGUGGGGUGGCCCGCUAGUGAGAGUGGGCGCGAGCGGGCACGCGAGUUGCUCACUCCCCCUCGGGUGAAGCAGGCGGUGCGGAGUGGGACGGCGUAA